AUGAAGCCUCUCUCCGUCGUAUCUCUCACCGCGCUCUUGCUCGCUAUCGCGGUACUGGGCACUCGAGCUGCUCCUGUACCUAACGUGUCCGGAAGCACGGAAAGCAGAGGCAACCAACUUGCUGCUUGGUGGGACUCCUACUUGAGCUCGGCAGCAUUCAGGAAGCAGCUUGGCCCUGAGGACAUCUGGAGAUCGAGCCGCGACGAGCUCGCCCAGCACCUAGAUGCCUUUCAUCAGCGUCUGGAUCAGCUCGACUACCUGAAGAGAUGGGUUCUCAGCAACAAGCUGACGCGGUCCGCGCUGACGACCGAGCAGCGCCACACCCUCGCGACGCCAUUCUUGCCAUGGAAGGACAAGGCGCUGUCGAACGGGUACGUGAACCGUCGUCAGCUGGCAGACUGGCUUCGCGAGGAGGGAUCGCUGCUUACCCGUGUAGAGCUAGCCCUGCACGACGUAGCGACUUUCCUCCCGGACGUUUCUCCUCCACGUUAA